AUGGACGAAAUGGAGGGAGUAUCUUCUCGUACUCUGGCGCAAUUCCCUCCACCCGUUGCCGAUGAGACUCGGAUAACAAUCCUCUCUCCCGUCGAUCCCAAUGUCACAAUCAGCUACCAAAGCGUUCCCAUCGGUACUUGUACAACAGUUUUCGCAACUCAAAAGCAAUUCACUGGCUACAUUACGUUGCCGCCAAACGUUCUGCAGCCCAGUCAGGGGAAUUAUACCAUCAAUGCUUUCUUUUGGUUCAUCGAGGCGAGACAACUUCCAGAGUCGUCCCCUUUAACCAUCUUCAUCAAUGGAGGUCCAGGUUCGAGCAGCAUGGUUGGCCUAUUCCAGGAGUUAGGGCCUUGUCAAGUUAUCGAGAUCUCCGAAGGUCGAUUAGGAACCAUAGCACGGGACUGGGGGUGGGAUCGCAGCAGCAACAUUGUCUUCAUUGAUCAGCCUGUUCAGGUGGGAUUCUCCUACGACACUCCCACGAACGCAUCUCUCAACCUAUUAGACGAGUCAAUUAUCAUGCCCCCAACAGAUGUGCCCAUCACACAACCGGACUAUAGCUUCCUCAAUGGCACAUUCGCUUCGGAAAAUCCGUCUUUUACAGCAAACACGUCACAAAUCGCGGCCCAGUCGAUAUGGCAUUUCUUGCAGACAUUCUUGACCUCUUUUCCUCAAUACAACACUGCCCUUCGUACGCAAGAUACUCAACCCACUGCAGAGAUCCAUCUGUUUACCGAAAGCUUUGGUGGCAGGUAUGGGCCUGCGGUGGGAUCAUUCUUUCAAGCUCAAAAUGAACGCCGUGCUACCGAUGUCGAUUUUUCCAACCGUACGAUCGACGUGAAUCUCAUAUCGCUCGGGAUCAUCAAUGGCUGGAUCGACCUUUUGACCCAGGCUCCGUACCAUCCGAAAUUUGCCUACGAAAACACAUAUGGGAUUGAGGCAAUAUCACAACUCCAACAGUUAAACGCUUUGAGCGCUUACAACAAUGCAGACGGCUGCCAGCAGCUGACUGCAGCCUGUAGAGCGCAAGAGGCGGCACUCGAUCCUCUGGGGAACGGAAAUGUUGAGGUGGUGAACGACGCAUGCUCCCAGGCGCAACUAUAUUGUCAGACAUAUGUCGUCGGACCAUACACCCAAUCGGGACGUUCAAUCUACGACAUUUCUCAGAACUUGCUGGACCCGUUCCCCAGCUCGCUUUACCUAGAUUACCUCAACCAGCGGUCUGUCCAACAGGCCCUUGGCGUCCCCGUGAACUACACGCAAGAUUCAAUGGCUGUCUUCAAGGCCUUCAACACCACUGGCGACUACGCACGCGAUGGCAUGAUCCCGGAUCUAGUGGAGCUGCUGAAUGCUGGCGUUAGAGUCGCUUUGAUCUAUGGGGAUAGAGACUAUAUCUGCAAUUGGCUUGGAGGCGAAGCCGUGUCUUUCGCAAUCGCCGGUCUCGCUGGCCCCUCCUAUCUACCUUGGUAUUCGGCUGGAUAUGCACCGAUCGUGGCCAACAGCUCAUACGUUGGCGGCGUUGUUCGGCAGUAUGGGAACCUCAGCUUCAGCCGGAUCUACGAUGCCGGCCACUUGGUUCCUGCCUAUCAGCCAGAGACGGCCUUCACAGUCUUUUCGCGCAUCAUCCAGGGCACCGACAUCAGCAUGGGCAGUCACGUCGACUUAUCGACGUACACGUCCUUUGGCGAUGAUAAUUCCACACAUCAAAACUCGGCACCUCCGGCCGCUGAACCCACGUGCUUUUUGCGCGCCGUGGAGGCAUCAUGCAACACAGACCAGAAGAACAUGCUUGCCAACAAGGCCGGGGUCAUCAUCAACGGCAUCCUCUACGAUGAGCAGUCGGACUGGCAGUCGCCUGACCCGAGUGUAGUGACCAUGGCGGGUCUACCAGGAACAGCUCCGGCCAGCAUGGUCACCAGCGCACCAGCGCCCGAAAGCACAACUAUACCCGGAACGUCAUCGUCUCUGAGCACUCAUAGCACCAAGGGCGGCAAGACUGAUAGCGCGAGCAGUGAAACAUCCGCAACAGCAGGACCAACUACCUCGUCUGGUCUCCCUACAGGCGUCUAUACCGCCAGUGGUGUGCCUCCGACGUCAACGAGCAGUGGAGGUUCCGGUAAGACGAGUAAUGCGGCGUCGUCGACCACAAAAGCCAACAAUGCUUUCUUUUCUUUCCCCAUGUUUAGAGAUACCCGGCCUUCGACUGCCACGGCGGUGUUUGUGUAUGCCUAUUUCGUCAGCGUUUUGGGUCACCAGUUGAUGUAG